CCCACUCACCCAUUCGCACUGCCGCCUCCGCGCGCUCACACCGCCGCACCUCCUCGCCGUUUCCGCGUUUCCUCCCACAACGGCGACCCCGAUGCCACGGCCGGAUGCCAAAACCGGCAACCCGGAGCGCGCGCCGUCGCAUAUAAGGAUGCCCCGUUUCCCUAGCCCUAGCCCCAGCCCGCGCCUCCUCCGACCCUCACCCGCCGCUGUCUCUCGAAACCCUACCCCACUCCGGCGGAUAGAUCCGGCACGUCCUGCCCUCUCCGCCACCAGUCGCCAGAGAUGGCCGCCCGCAACUCAUCCGCGUUCGCCUCCGACCCGGUCCACCAGGCUGCCAUGGCCGUCCCCAAGUCGCCCGUGCUAGCCGCCGACCCGCUCUACCAGGCCGCCGAGUCGGGGGGGAUUGACGGCGUUCCUGGAGCGCUCCCGACCGAGCAAGGGGUGCCACCCCCGCCGCUGCAAGGCACGCCUGUGAUGAAGAUGGCCCCGCAGCAGGGCGCCUACAUGGCGGCGCAGACGCCCCCGCAAGGCUCCCCCGUGACGCAUCCGGUGAUGCAAGGGGCAAACACGGUGGUGCCGAUUUCCCUGCGGGAGCCGGUCAUUACCGUGCCCCCGCAAGGCAGACCUGUGAUGGCACCUCUACCUUUCCCUGCCGUUCCUCCAUCCUUCAUCCAUGAUGCCGGAUACAUGAUGGGGCAAUCACUGUUGCCGGCCGGCCCUCAACCCAUGGCGGGGCUGCAGCCUCCACCUGCCGGAUACAUGAUGGGGCACCCGCUGUUGCGUGCAAGCCCUUUACCGAUGACGGCGCUGCAUCUCCCACAGGCCGUACACAUGAUGGCACGGCCGCCUUUGCCCGCUGGCCCCCCUCCUCUCAAGCGUCACCGCCCUGACUACUUCGACAUGCCUUUUGGACCGCGGAUGACUGGUUGUGAGCAGGAAAUGGCUGGAUUUGAUGAAUCAAUGGGACUGCCUUAUGGGCCUUACAUAAACAAUGAGAUGCCUUCUAUUGGUUCUUAUGAACCAUAUCUUCCUUCAGACGCAUCAAACACCCUACAUGUUGAAGGUUUCCCGCCCAACUGUACUAGACGGGAACUUGCACAUAUAUUUCGCCCUUUUACUGGGUUCUGUGCAGUAAGGCUGGUCAACACAGGAUAUAAUAGUCGACAUGUAAUAGCUUAUGCUGACUUUGAAACUCCUGCCCAAGCCUUCUCUGCCAUGAAGUCUCUGCAAGGCUAUUUGUUUGACAUGCAUGACCGAUACUCAGUCAAAUUGGACCUCCAGUUCCUUCCUGGUCUGUCCAAGAUCUGCUGCCUUUUGUAGUUCUGUAUGCUAAUGGGAAACCAUAAGAUGAAGGCCCUUGUGUUUUGCUGAGGCAUCAAGGUCAAGAUCAUAUUUCUCUGAAAUGCGUUGAAAGGAUUCUGACGAUAUUGUCGUUGGUGAUGUUAGAGUCGCUGAAGAGUUAAUUGCGUUAGACAUUGCUAUUCACCCAAGAUAUGAAAAGCAAAUGAGACCACAUCAGUUGGCAGGUUUCCACUUUAUGGUUGUUUCAUGAGUAUUGUUCUUUUCUAUGCUGGAUACGGUCACGGGUGUUAUUGUGGUGAUCUGUUUCCUGCUAGUACAUUGUUGUUUGCAAGCUUGUAUAUUUGUAGGUAUUGAAGCAACUUUGCUCUUUGAAAUGCUAGUGUGAAUAUAGUUUUGCCCAGUUGAAGCAUUUCCACUGCCCUCUACACUCACGUCACCUUUGUGUUUUUCUUUUCUUUAGACACUCCUUUUCUGGGUAGUCUGUGCAUGACUGGAUGCAAAGAACAGUAUUUGAGUUUGGACUGAAUUUACUAUAGGUGAUAUUUCUAGUGUAUCUCUAGUAGCUACUAGAUACUAGCUUUAUGCAUAAAGUUUCAUUACUACUUGAAUUGGAUUGUACCAAGUGAAAUACAGAGCUCAAUGCCAAAAUUAAGGAUACCUAGUAAACCUAUGAGAAGGAAUUGAUGAAUAAAGUGCCUAUUUGUUCAUCAAUUACUAUGCUUGUGUUAAACAAGUGGUGGGUCGACUACUACAUAAUGGCCGCUGCAUUUUAUGAUCAUUAUAGUUCUCCACAUGUAACUGUCUGUGCUUCUACUUAUGAUUGCCUUGUAUGCAUCCCACAUUUUUCUUGUCCACCUUGCAUGGGGCUUAUAUGCAACAUCAGCAGAAGUGCUACUUCCAUUGCUGGUGCAAAUUUAUUUCUUCUCUCUUACUCCUUCCGUUCCAAAUUACUUGUCGCAGAAAUGGAUGUAUCUAGAACUAAAAUACAUCUAGAUACAUCCAUACCUGCGACAAGUAAUUCGGAAUGGAGGGAGUAUAUGAUAACUAAUCAGUCAUCUGUUUCUGUAGGCAUGUAUUACCGCAGAAAAAGGAAGAGUUCCAACCCCAUCAAUAAUCUUUCACUUACUGCAAAUACCAUUCGCAGUUCUGGAUGUGGCAGUGUUACCGAGGAGUGGGACAACUUGUAUGCUCAGAAGGUCCAAUUGUUAACUUUCCUUUCUACUCUGCCCGAGCCCGUUCUGAGUUAUGGGCCGAGUGUUAAAACUAAUAUGGCCAAUUCUAUUGAGCACAGA